AUGUCUCACAAGCAGAGCAAGAUUUCGGGCUUCUUCAAGACGACGCCUCGGCUGGCCAGUGGUCGAACGGAUCGCGGCGGCUCGCAAUCCAGUCAUUCUGGUCAGAACCUUGAGCCUUCUGUGGAGGACGUCCCAGCAAACGAAAAGCGCAAAGGGAGGAAGAUUCUCGCCAAGCCAACAUCGCGAAACCCCCCACGACAUCUUCAAGCACGCUCUGACAACGCACAGCGACUGCCGACUCGGUCACGGUCGCGAUCACCACCACCCACUGCCACUUCUUCGUCUUCUUCCACUACUCCUGCCGCUGCCGCUGCUGCUGCUACUGAACUGUCUUUACCUGCCGCGCCUGCAUCUGUACCACCUUCGUCCAUUCCAACAUGCAAGGCUCCUUCAGAAGCAGGGCUGAGCCAGACUAGGACACCCAAGAGAAUGACGCACGACUCGACGUCAAUAUUUUCCUCUCCGCUCGUGAGACGACAGUCCACGCCGGUCGUGAUAGACCCUAAACAAUCCUUCGACCUUGGGUACGCGCCUUCAAGCCCCACGCGAACCUUGUUCGCCACAAGGAUCAGUGACUCUGCCACCAGCAAACGAACAGCAGACUAUGCGCUCCUGUCCCCCAAAAAGGACCGCCUGAAGUCCGCCAGGACCAGUCCCUCUCGGGACGAGCCAUCCACGUUGUCGGAAAGCAUUCUAUCACUGCCAGAUCAUCUGUCGUCGCCGUUGCUAGCGCCGUCUUCGCCGCCGUCAUCCACAGCGAUGACGAGGGAAGCGUUUAGCCGCGACUUGGAAAUCAAGGGGUCCGAUGACGAGGAGGACGACUCGUCCGACUGCUCCUUGCCCGACCUUGAGAUGCUCUUGUCACGUAAAUCGAAGCCAGACGUGCUGCCGAGCCUUGUAGGCAAGGCUGUUUCUCCGAGGACGAAACUGCGUCGUCGAAGGCCUGGCGAAAAGUCACCUGCGCCAGCUCCUCCGAAACCCAUGUUCGACAUGAAAACACUGAUGGAACACCAAAGGCGAGAUGAUGCCAUCGCCGCGAGCUCGUCUAGACUGGACGGCAACGGUGAAGAGAAGAGCGCAGACUUAAGAUACGAGGCGGGAAAUGCGUGGCCAGGCAUCAACUACGCACCCCCUCCCAGUCCGAAUACCGCCCGCAGGAAAUUUAUCAGUGUUGCGGGCGUCAACGACAAGGAGGUGGCUGGCAAGGCUAUGCGCGCCAUGGAGCGAACAGAAGCUACCACGUCGACCAACAGCAGGUGUUAUUUCUUCAAAAGGGGAAAAUCUUCAUCGGAAGCCCGGCCAUUGGUGCCGCCACCGCCGUUUCCACAACAUGCCGCUCUGGGCCCGUGGGCCCUGCUGGCCAAAGAGGGGACCCGCAAGCAGCAUUUGCAGAGCAACACGCUGCAAUGCGUCGCCAGCCGGCAUAGGCUACCUGACGAGAUCUUCUUCUGGAUGUUGAUGGCUAUCGAAGGGGAGAAGAGGCCCCUUCAAGUGGCCUAUUCCCAUCUUCUCAGUGCCAAUGCAGGUCAAAUACGGGAGCUUGUCACGCCCGGACGUCUACGUGAGCUGUUUGGCUGCAUGAAUGCUGCAGACGGUAUUGAUGUUGAGAAGGUCCAGCUUGUGCGGGAAGACCAGAAUGCGUAUGCUGGUAGAGAUUGGUCGGGACUGCGCACAUACCUCAACUGGCUGCAGCGAGUGGCGGGCAAUUUGAGGCCCGAGUCCGUCAAGUACGCUGUACUUACCUUGCUGCGCAUGGCGGCGGAUAGGACACUCAUGAGUGUCCUUGAGACUCGAAUAGUUCAUCAGACAGCCUUGACCUCCUUGGUCGAGGCUGUUGAUGGAAGUGACUGGGAUGAGUUUUGUCAACACGCAUGUGCCUCGAUUUGGACUGCAUUUGAUACCGGCUCCUUACGCCUGGCGUCGAUUCAACAGAUCGUCCCCACAACACGCAAAUCGCGAGAGUUGCGGCGGCGGCUGGCUUUGGCCUUCUUCCUCGGAGACGCAACACUCGCAAGGCAACAUCCAGAUGACCAGGGAUUCAUCCCAGAAGCUAUGCACCGCCUCAAGGGCGACGAGUUCCAUAUCAAGAGGAAGACAGACUACGUAGAGCUGAGGGCGCAAAUCCAGCUUUUUGAUAUCGCACUCGACGACGGCUCGUUCUGCGCCGGCAGUACAUCAUAUGACGACGCCGUAGCCUUUGACGCCGAAGUCGACCACCUGGCUCAGCAGCUGAAAACCCUAUGGGGCAGUAUCAAUGAUUCCGGGGCUGCCUACCUAUCGCGAACCGAGGCGAAGAGCUCGAUCGAUUGUGCGCAGAAACGCUUGACAUACGCAGUACGAUCGAAACCUCCGCCCAAGCGAAACAUCUUUGAGCUGCCUGAGCAGCGCAAGGAGGUGGUGACGGAGACACAGAAAGCAUUCAUGAGCAAGUUUAUUGGCGCUUUGAAGAAGCCGCCAAGACUAGAUAUACUUAGAGACGAAGAACGUCGGGGAUCCAUGGCUGGCUCAGACGAUGCCUCGGAGGCAGAAGACUCGUUCAUGACGGCGGUCGGUGAACUUUCAUAA